GAGUUUUACGUUGAAAGGGUUAAACCGGAAGUGGCGCGUUUCCGUCGGCUGCCUUGACAACGUGAGAAGGUGGAAAGGCGGUCGGACGUGAAAGGAGCCGCCGAGCGAGCGACGGCGUGAAAGCAUGGGCUCCGUGGCCUCGCGGCUAUGGCCAGACCCAGCAGCGGGAGCGCGGAGGACCCGGACACGCGUGUGAGCGCCGCCACGGAGCGCGGGGAGCUGUCCCUGGAGGAGGUGCUGAAGUCCUACGAGCAGCCCGUCAACGAGGAGCAGGCGUGGGCCGUGUGCUACCAGUGCUGCAGCGGGCUCCGGGCGCCCCGCCCGCCGCCGGGGCUCGGCCGGGUGACCGACCCGUCCUCCGUGCUGCUGCGCCGGGACGGGACGGUGUGCUUGCGGCGGGAAGACCCGCAGGACGAUGACACUCCUCUUCCACCAACUGCAGAGCAUCAGCUGGUUCAGUCGCUCGGCGUGGCCAUCUACCGAGCUCUGGACUGGGGGCUGGACGACAGCGAGGAGAGGGAGCUCAGUCCACAGCUGGAGCGGCUCAUCGAGCGAAUGGUCGGUGGAGAGCAGAGCAGAGAGGGCAACGGCCCCGCCAGGAAUGGUACCACAGAUGAGGGGUACAGUGGGCAGGAAGAGGAGGAUGAGGAGGAGGAGGAUGACUGCCAGGAGGUAGUGAUAAGACCGGUGUUCACGUUCCGCCAGGUAAUGGUACUGUGUGCAUCUCGCCUGGCCAACCCAAGCCUGGCUCCAGAGCACUACCAGGCCGUCUGUCGGGCUCUGUUUGUAGAGACUCUGGAGCUGCAGACCUUCCUCAUCAAGAUAAAAGAUGCAAAGCAGAUGCUGAAGAAGAUUUCAAGUGAGGAAACUCUUGAGGACAGAUCAACAGCCGAGCUGGAUGCUCUGAAACACAGAGACUGGGCCCGUCUGUGGGUGCAGCUGAUGAAGGAGCUCAGGCAGGGAGUGAAGCUGAAAAAGGUGCAGGAGCAGCCUUUCAACACGCUGCCCACCGAGUUCAGUCUCACACCGUUCGAGAUGCUGAUGCAGGACAUCCGAGCUCGCAAAUUCCAGCUCCGAAAAGUCAUGGUGGACGGGGACAUUCCUACCAGAGUGAAGAGAAAUGCCCAUGAACUGAUCCUGGAUUUCAUCAGAUCAAGACCUCCACUCAAACCCGUUUCAGAGCGCAGCCUCCCCCCUCCUCCCCCAAAGGAGCAGUGCCUCCAUGACCGGGUCUUGGCAGGGAUCAAGCAGGAGAGGAAGCUCAGACCUGUGAUUGCAGACAGCACCAGAUCAUUUGGCUCUCUGCCUUGUUUGGCUCAGACGUGUCCUUGCAAUGUCAAAUCUACUUCGUGCAUCGACCUGUCUGUGACUGACCCUGGGUCUCGGCCGCUGGUCCGCCCUCGGAUCUUGCUCAAAGCACCGACGCUGGCUGAGAUGGAAGAGAUGAACAUAUCUGAGGAGGAGGAGUCCCCUGAUAACGGGGAGAUGAGGAGAACGGAAAGCUCCCCAACCCCUCUGAAAAGGGACAGGUCCUUCUCCGAGCACGACCUGGCCUUUCUGCGUGGGGACAUGCUCCCUUCACUGUCGGAGUCGGCCCAGCUGGACGGGAUGGUCCGGUUGAGGGACGUGAGGCCUCGAUCCAGGACGCUGACGGGCACCGGGCCGCCUCUCCAUCACAGAGCCUCGUUCCCAGUACACGGCUGGGCGCCGCCCUCUCCGGCCCGCCUGUCUCUGAGUUCGGUUGACGAGGCCACAGAGGGACCCGAGACGCUGUCCAGGUCCAGGGCUGAAGACAAGCACCAGUGGAUGGAGGAGUUCAGCCACCCGGUGGAGAGUCUCGCCUUAACGGUGGAGGAGGUCAUCAACGUACGGAGGGUUCUGGUCAAAGCAGAGAUGGAGAAGUUUCUUCAGAACAAAGAGCUCUACAACAACCUGAAGAGAGGAAAGGUUUGCUGCUGCUGCAGGGUCAAGUUUCCUCUCUUCUCCUGGCCAACGACAUGCUUACUGUGUAAAAGGUCAGUUUGUGGCUCCUGCAGUGCAAAGAUGAAGAUUCCCUCCAAGAAGCCGGCCCAUAUUCCUGUGUACACUGUAGGCUUCCACAGCGCUCCAAAAAGACAUGGACACAAAAGCCAAGUCUAUAAGUCCCUGCGCAGUUUAUCCCGCUGCUCGGUGGAGGAGGAGUUCCCCCACCUGUACGCUCACGGCUGCACUCUGCGGGACAUCUGCGCUGAAUGCACCAAGUUCGUGGCGGAUGUCAUUUCCUCCAGCCGCCGGAGUCUAGACAUCCUCAACAACACCCCCAAGAAGGAGGCCAGAGCCGCCACUGCCCCUCAGAGACCGCAGCUGCAGCGCCAGUCCCACCUCGAGGCUUUUUCUCAACCAAACCCUCACCCUCAGUAUUACCCGGCACCCCACCCACUAACACCGAGCCACCCGCAGACACUUCCCCCAUCCUACCAUAAACUGCAGCAGCCUCCCACGUCCAUGCCCUCCCCUCUGCUGCAUCUCCAGCGCAACAAGACAAUCGACAACGUGAACCAGUGAGCUGACUGAUGCACGUCGUGUCCCGCUCCGACCACACUGUGCACACACUCACAGGAGGAGGAGGCUUCUUUAAGACUUCUCAAUGGUUAAUGCGCAGCUGCAACAACUCACAGGACUGUCUGAAUCGUUCAAAUGAAUAUAAAUGAAAUGUAUAAGCCAGUGGAGGGGGGGGGGGCUUUAAAGUUCUACAAAUAUUGCGGGACCGGAGCAGUAAAUGCUUCUCUGAAUGGUUUCGCUAUAUGUUAAAAUCUGAGCAGCGUUUUCUGGAGCUGUGUAAAACCCUUUAGAGCAAGAAUCCAGCGACUCUAAUCCACAUCUGCUUCACAUAACUGCAUUAGCUUCCAUUUCUCACCACCUCACCCUUCACACACACACACACACACACACAUGCACGCACGCGCGGAUGCACAAAGCUAUUCCCUUAAUAAGGUUUCAGUAAGAAGCUCUCGCUCUAUCUGCCUUAUUUACUGCACCAUGCUUUCACUCCCUAAUACAGGGAGGGGGGCAUCAAACGGAGGAGAAGGGCGAUGAGAAGAGCUCUGAAGGCUGAGGGGGGGUGGGUACAAAAACAGCACUUGGGUUCGGUUGCUGGUGAAGUUCUGCGGCGUAGCAUUAGCAUUUUAGCCUUGUUUUUUUUUGUCAUGAAUGUAACUUAGAGAAUUGUAAAAUGAAAGGCUUGUACACUGCUAGAUAACGUUUAUUUUUAAUCACCCAAGAAGGGAUUUGUAACAAAUGGCUGCUGCUACAUAAUAAAAGCUCCUCUGCAACGCUUGUAAAAGCUCCAGCUGGAGCAGGUCCAGUACGACGGUGAAGACACUGUGAAUGUAACAGGUUGAAGCUGCAGGGCGCACCUUCUACCGGAGCAGCAUGGCAACGCCGGCGUUGAAGCGAGCAGACCAAACUCCCGCCUCCCUCACUCCCCGUGGACGCUUGCAAUCUGCUCUGGUUUUGUAGACACGACGCAAACUUCAGCUGGAAUAAAAUCUUCUGA